CACAAACUGAUCGCUGCUUGUGAAGUAAAGUUGGUAAUGAAGGACAGCCCUGCCUCGGUAAAUGUCUCCUGGUGAGAGCGGGAGCUGCGGGGUGUCACUUCACGGAUCUGGUUUUUGUGUGGAGGCGCGCUCAGAGUGUGCCGCCGCUGUGGAAGCAACGAUUUAUUUUUGGCAUCUGACAUUAGAGCUCACCCUUCAUGCAAUGGCAGGAGCAGCCCCACAAAGCAGCGACGGCACCGGCGUCUGACCGGACCUCUUUGUUUGUCCUCUUACACUUUGUGAACAAACCGAAUAUUAAUGAUGCUUCAUAUCAGGGACUGAACUGUGCGAGACACGCCUGUUGUGAGCUGUAAGAGGAGAGCAGUUUUGUUCGUUUGGUGGUGAACCAGUAUCGCUCCAUCAUGACCAAAGAGGAGGAGAUCCCCGACUGGGUCGGAGCGAAGGAGUUCUACGACAAGUAUGAGCCUAAGGAGAUUCUGGGAAGGGGAGUGAGCAGCGUGGUGCGGCGCUGCAUCGACAAACGGACGUCUCAGGAGUAUGCUGUGAAGAUCAUCGACAUCACCCCCUCGGACAAGAUGAACCCACAGGAGAUCGAGGAGAUCAGAGAGGCGACGGUGAAGGAGAUCGACGUCCUCAAGAAAGUCUGUGGACAGGAAAACAUCAUACAGCUCAAAGACUGCUAUGAGUCCAAAGCCUUCUUCUUCUUGGUUUUUGACCUGAUGAAGAGGGGUGAACUUUUUGACUACCUCACAGAGAAAGUCACUCUGAGUGAGAAGGAAACCAGGAAGAUCAUGCGUGCUCUGCUGGAGGUGGUCCAAUAUCUCCACUCCCAGAACAUCGUCCACCGGGACCUAAAGCCUGAGAACAUCCUCUUAGACGACCACAUGAACAUCAAACUCACCGACUUUGGCUUCGCCGUGCAAAUGCAGCUGGGACAAAAGCUCAAAGAGGUGUGUGGGACCCCUGGAUACCUCGCUCCUGAGAUCAUCGAAUGCUCCAUGGACACAGGACACCAAGGAUAUGGGACUGCUGUGGACAUAUGGAGUUCAGGGGUGAUCAUGUACACGCUGCUUGCAGGCUCUCCGCCCUUCUGGCACAGGAAACAGACGCUGAUGCUGCGUAUGAUCUUGUCUGGGAGCUAUGACUUCUCAUCUCCAGAGUGGGAAGACCGCUCAGACACUGUUAAAGAUUUGAUCUCCCGCAUGCUGGUGGUGGACCCGAAGCAGCGUUUCACAGCCACAGAUGUUCUCAACCACUCGUUCUUUUCACAGUAUGUGGUGGAUGAAGUGCGACAGUUCAGUCCAUACAGACGUUUCAAGGUCAUUUGCAUGACUGUGCUCGCCACAAUGAGAAUCUACUGCAAUUACCGCCGCGCCAAGCCCGUCACCAAGGAGGUGAUCAAGAGCGACCCGUACGCCGUCAAGCCCAUCCGCAAGCUCAUCGACGCCUGCGCGUUCAAGAUCUAUGGCCACUGGGUGAAGAAAGGCCAAGCUCAGAACAGAGCAGCACUUUUUGAGAACACUCCCAAGGCCAUCCUGCUGUCCAUAACUUCUGAGGCAGAUGAGCCAAUGCACCACAUCUGGUAACAAGCACUUGUUCCUCAGGGCAAAUCUGCAGGAGCUUAAACUGGGAUACACUUGUACUGUGUGUGGCUUCUCAUACCUUUCCCCAUUGGGCGAAAAGGCUCAUUUAAUUAUGCUUUUAAUAUGGACAGCAUAUUCUCUCAUGAAUUUUAAAGCAGUAUUCACCACUACAGUGCUAUUAUUUUACCUCAAGAACUGCCAAGUGUGGCAAAUAAGACAUCUGGAACAUCACCGGUAAGAGGAUGUGUCACUGUUUAAGUUUGCUUCCUGUCGUAAAAAUAGAAACAAAUGACAGAUUGACUAGUUAUAGAAUGUGUUUUAGAGAACGUAUUUAAUUUUAAAUUACCCUGUUGUCAAUUGUACAUGCUUGCAUUGCAUUGAUGCUUGUUUGAGGCAAAAGGAGCCAGAAGCCAUUUUGUAUUAUCAGAGACUGUUUAACACUAUGAAACAAUCUCCAUAUGUCAAAAGUGGACUCGUGGUUCCUGCCUUGUCUCUUACUGUAUGAAACAUAAAACUUAUCCUGAUGUGCUCUUCAACAUUAGAAUAUAAAUUUCAGUUUUAAAUGGUCAUGUUUAUAUUAUUAUAGUAUUGAUUGAUUUCUGGUUGUAUAAAUAUACCAACAUGUUCAACAUGUUCCAUGUGUUGUAAUGAAAUAUACAUAUUUGUUUUCUUAGAACUGUGAAACCUUGGCUUAGCAGCUAAAACAAAACCUGUGGAAAUAACUUCAUAAUAUAACUGACUGGAAUAUGAAACGGUGAACCUGCAUACUUGAACUGGCACUGCUUUACAUUUUUGUGUAUUGUGUGGCUAUUAGAUCAUUAUGCAGGAUGUAUUAUACUUGUAGCAGCUUCAAGGGAAGUUUUAAAGAUGACAGCACUUUCAAAUUUAUGCUAUGAAUUUAUUUAUUAAAACUUGCAUUUAAUUUAAAA